UGCAAUUUGUUCAUACAUGACUGAGGCAGAGAAAGACAGCAUCCCAUCUAUGUGAGACGAGACCCCGGGAUCCCUGCCUAUGGGCUCCGUCAGUCUAUCCUACUGAACACCAGGCUUCAGGACUGCUAUGUGGACUCACCGACCCUCACCAACAUCUGGACGGCCAGAAUGUGUGCAAAGCAGAACAUCAAUACCCCAGCAGCCAGGACCACCACCUCUUGGGAAGUUGUAAAGACUCCCCUGGUGGCUAGUUCCUUCUCCCUGAUUAAGUUGGUGCUCAGGCGACAACUGAAGGAUAAAUGUUGCCCAGGACCAAGCAGGUUUGGAGAAGCAAAGCCUUCAAGGAGAUUAAAGUCCAAGGACAAUUCGGCAGUAAGAGCCACGCCGCGGGGCAGAAUAAGACACUCGAUUGGUUCCAAGGGCAGGCGGCCAGUAGGGCAGCGUCCUGGCUCCCCAAGGCUCAGGAAGACAGGAGGCAUCAACAAGAGUAAAGAAAGUUCAAAGGAGAAAAAAGUAACCGCCCGCCAAGAUCUUGAGAGCAGAUAUGCUGAACAUGUGGCUGUCACCCAAGCACGGCCCGGGGACACUGGGACAGCCGCCUGGAAGGGCCAGGCAUUGCUUCCCGAAACCAGAGAGAGAGAGCAGUUGUCGGAGGACAAGCUAACCAUCCAUGGCCUCCCCGCAGAGGGUUACAGGGCUCUGUACCACUCGGUGGUUGAGCCGAUGCUGUGGAAUCCUUCCGGAACCCCCAAGAGGUACAGCUUGGAGCUGGGCAAGGCCGUCAAACAAAAGCUCUGGGAGGCUCUGUACAGCCAGGCUGCCACUCCUCCAGGGGCUCAGGGCCCGCUGCCUGGCAGGAAGCAGCUGGGGGUCCACGAGGAGCCUGUGCCCAAGAAGUGGCCCAAAUUCAAGAGAGAGAAAUAGGAACAGGAGCUCACAGGCUUAGGAUAUUGCUAUUCUCUGCUAGAUGUCUGAAAAAUAAACACCACUUUGCACCUUCCACAUAAUCUCAGAGUGCUUUACAAAUUAGUAACUCCCGCCCUGGGAGGUAAGACAAAUGGGUAUGAGAU